ACACACGCAAAGUCGAUCGCCUCUUUGAACUUGGCUGCGUGACAACUCGGUCCUUCUUUACCGAGACGCAAGAAUGGUGGACGCGAAGAAAAAGGUCGACAAGAAGGCCGAGCCUUCGAAGAAGCUCCCGGCAGUCCCCGAGUCUGUCCUCAAGAGGAGGAAGCGACGUGAAGCAGCCAAAACUGCUCGUCUUCAAGUCUCCAUUAAGGCACGUGCUGCACACUACAAGAAGAGGAAGGAAAUCUUCAAGCGUGCUGAGUCGUACGUCAAAGAAUACAGACAGAAGGAGAGGGAUGAAAUUAGGUUGAAGAGACAGGCCAAGAACCGUGGUAACUACUACAUUCCUGGAGAAGCUCGCCUUGCCUUUGUCAUCCGUAUUCGAGGUGUGAACCAAGUGGCUCCCAAGGUUCGCAAGGUUCUUCAGUUGUUCAGACUGAAACAGAUCAACAAUGGCGUCUUCGUCAGAUUGAACAAGGCCACCAUCAACAUGCUCCGAAUCGUCGAGCCAUACAUUACCUGGGGAUACCCCAACCUCAAGUCAGUCCGCGAGUUGAUCUACAAACGUGGUUUCGCCAAGAUCAAUCGCCAGCGCAUCCCAAUCACUAGCAACUCCAUCAUUGAACAGAAACUUGGUGGCUCUGGACUCAUCUGUACUGAAGAUUUGAUCCACGAAAUCUUCACAGUUGGAUCCAAAUUCAAGUACGCCAGCAAUUUUCUCUGGCCAUUCAAGCUGAACACCCCAACUGGUGGAUGGCGCAAGAAGACCAAUCACUACGUCGAGGGUGGUGAUUUCGGUAACCGUGAGGACAAAAUCAACGAGCUCCUCAGGCGAAUGUCAAACAAUUUAAUGAUAAGCAGUGCUAAAGAUAGGGUACGGUGCAUGCAUGAAUAUUUGUCGUGCCUCACAUUUGCUCACAUUGUCGUUCAUUGCAGCACCAUAACCUACGGAUUUCAUCAGAUUAAAAGAGAAACAUUAUUACCAAUGUCUGCAAACACUCCAUCAACGUCAGCAGCCCCUAAGACCGCCCUGCAAGGUGCUUCACGUGUAUUCGUAUUGACCCCGAAUAUGCUAAAAAAGUUGGGCCUUACGGACCAAUUGAAACAGAUCCAGAGUAAAAUCAAACCCGAGAACACAGUUCAACUAGUAGCCGACUCCAAGAGAUCUUCAGCCGCACCAAAACCGAAGCUCAUCAUUCCUUCCGACAAGGUUCGAAUAGUUUCCAAGAAGAAGACUCUUGACAACGAGAAUAAAAAAGUCAAAUCAUCUGUCAAACCCUCGGAACCCGUUCAAGAGAAUCAAAUAAUCGAUAAAAUCGGUGUCAACAAAGAAAAACUGAAGACAAAGUUGAUUGAAGUUCCCACAAACUUGCGAAAAUAUCCUGAAAACGUGAAAGAACAACAAAAAAUUGUAUCGGAGAACCAAAGAGGGGCAGCAGUAACUGAAAAUUCAUCUAAAGGAGGAGAAUUUAUUCGAGGAGAUGAAAAUCAUGAGGCCAGUGAUAACAAAUUAGUGACAGAGACAGUAGAAAUUGUAGAAUUAAUGAUUUCGGAGAGGAACAAUGCCUCCAUGAAUUGUAAUUCGCUUCAGGAAGAUCAACUACUUGAGAGAAUUGACUCCAAGAAUUCGCAAAUUGUGACUCCAAUGGAUGAUAAAUCACAAAAAGUUGAUGGUGGAUUGUUAAAUGAAUCUCUUGCAAUCACGAAAAAUUCUAAAAAGUCGAUACGGACGGGGAAUACUGAAGAGAAUUACAAAUUUGUGGAGAUUGAAGAUAUGAAAUCGACAGAAUCAUCAACAGAGUCAUUCAGAAUAUCAAGGGCUCCAGUGAAAGCUCCAAUGAAUGAAUUAAUAACAAAAAUUCCAUUUGACAAAUCACCAAUAUCUGCUGCAAAAACCCAAAUUUUUCCGGAAUCUUCAGUCCUACAGAAUAAAAAUACUGAAGAUCGAGGAAAUGAUGAUUUAGUACACCUGCAAGACACAAAAUCAGCUAAUAAAUCACCUAAAAAAGUGCAGGACUCUCUCAAAUCAACACAAAUCCAACAAAUCCGGACUGAAGAGGAACCUUCAGAAGUCAAGGUCACUAACAGUCCCGAAUCCCUAUCAAGAUUGGCAAAUACCAGAUCGUUCAAACCGAAAGGCAAAAUUAUUCGUACGUUGACUCGAGGAGUUCAAAAAGACAACAAAACUCCAGCUACAAUUCCUGUACAGAACGACAAUCAACUGCUAUCCAGCCCAUUGUUAUCAAUCAAUCCAGAACCAUUUUCCACGAAACUAGACACAGCACCAGGAAAAUUAGCCAACUCUCCUGUGAAGCUGAUAACAAAUUUAAAAACUUCGGAAAAAUUUCAGGAUCCUACUGAUCCUCAAAAUGACCUCAAUCCUCCAAAAUCUCCAGGUAAAGAUUUUUCCGCAGGCACCAAACAAAGAUUUGAUGAUCAAAUAUCAAAUAAUGAAUCAUCAACCCCAAAACCAUUGAACAAUCUCGACGUACUGAUGGCAGCAGUGGACAUAAACUUGAAACACGAGAAUUCACGAACAAAUAAUGCGCUCCCUCUUCCCAAAAUUAUAUCCCUGACUGAAAUUCCACGGCCAGUCACUCACUCAACGAAUGAUGAACCGGGAAAAAAUCCAGAAAUCUUCAUAAGUCCAGUAAAAACUACAGAGAAGGCAAAAGUAAUCGAUAAUAAUGAUCCCAUCAAAUUUUCUAAUCCAAAACUUAAAAGAAAGAGAGCCUCGAAAAUCGAUGUGGGAUAUUUAAAAGCCCAAAAGAUUCCCAGAAAAUCUCUCCAGGAGAACUCAAAAUCCAUCAAGACUGAAGAGAAUACACCUCUGGUAACCCCGAGUCCAACAAGAACCUCUCGCAGACAAGCAAAACCAAAGAUCUUCGAGGACUGCAUUAUGGGACCAUCGAAACAUCGUAAAAACCUAGAGAAUCAGACUGACGCAAUUGUUAAUCUAUUAAGCAGUAGACCAACGCCACGCAAACAGAAGAGUUUCUCUUCUUCAACAAAAGGGGAUUCCCCAAAGAAAUUAAUUAUUGACGAAUCCAGAUCUGAAUCAUCAAACGUUGAGGGAAAAGAUUCGAAGCAAGUGGACGAGAAACAAACGAUCGUUGAGGGCGUCAAGCUUUCAGGAUCUACAGAGAAACAUAAUGAAGAAAUUAGGCAAUCAGUGGCUGAUGAAAGACCUUCGAUGAUGUUGAAUGAUUUAGCUCCAAUAUCUGAGGGAUCAGUGGCUGGUGGCUCUGAAGAAGGAAUUCGAGAGGAAGAUGUUUCCUGUCAUUUGGCGGAAUCAAAUCGUGAAGCAGAGAUGAAUGAGUUAUCUGAAAGGCCAAUGCCACCAGAAAAAUCCGAGAUUAAAGUUUCUGAGAUCUUGGUAUCAGCUCAAACAAGGCAUGAACUUGGAGAAAACAUUAAUGACUUAGAUUUUACAGAAAAACCUUCAGAAAGAUUAGUUAAAUCGUACACUUCAGUUGCAGUUGAUGAUAGUGAGGUGGUCGUGUCUUCUGUUGCUUCAAAAUCACUGAAGAAAUCUCAGAAAAAAGCCAUGAAAAAAUUAAAAGGAGUUGCCUUGGAAAUAUCGAAGCUAGGAACUUCAUUGAAAGGAGAAGGUAAAGGGUCUGAAGGCGAAAACAUUGAGGAGAUAAGUUCAAGAGAAAUUACAACGAUAUUAUUGGAAAGUUCUUCAAAAACUGGAGCACUUGAUGAAGAAAAAAUAGUUGGGGCAGGAAUGGUUGAAGUUGCUUCAGAAUCUUCUUCAAUAUCUAGAGAGAAAAGUCAUUCAAUAAAAAUUGUUAGAGCAAAAUCAGGGAUAAAACCAUUGAGAAGAAUAUCUCAAGCAUCUAAACAAACAGCAUCUAACACUGAUAGUGUGACGAAAAAUGUUAAACCAAAAGCUAAAAUUUCAUCGAGAAAGAAGUCCCACGGAUCUAAUGGCGAAAAUGAUAAGAAGGAGAUAAAUUCAGAAGAAAUCACAACGGUAUUAUUGGAAAGUUCUUCAAAAACUGGAGUACGUGGUGGAGAAAAAAAAGUUGGGGCAGGAAUGGUUGACGUUACUUCAGAAUCGUCUUCAACAACUAGAGAGAAAAUUAAUUCAAUGAAAAUUAUUGGAGCAAAACCAGGAAUUAAACCAUUGAGAAGAAUAUCUCGAGCAUCUAAACAAGCACCUGACACUGAUGUGACGAAGAAUGUUGAGCCCAAAGCUAAAAGUUCAUCAAGAAGGAAGUCCCAAGGAUCUAAAGUAUCAAAUGAAGAAAAAGUUGAUGGAAGAAAAGUUGAAGAAAUAUCAACAGGUGGUGAUCAACCCCAUGGAUGUAAACCUGAAGAGAAUCCUGUGGAAACACCUCCAGUGAUAUUUGAUGAAACAAUUCCAAAUAAAGAUCAACCAGAAAUUGACAACUUCCUAGAAGUUCCUGCCCUUCAAGUCUCUGCGGAAAUCCACAAACGCCCAGAAGAAUCCAUCCAUAAGAGGAAAACAGAGAACAUUUCCUCUCUAGACCUGAUAGUCUCUCCAGGAGCCCCUACCUCUGGUCCAGGCGACCCUGCACCCUUAAGAACCUCAGAUUCCCCAGUCCUCGAACCCCACCAUCUGUCUCCAGUCCCUGAAGAAUCUCCUAAACGUCAAGGCAGACAAAAACGUCCCCCAAGCCUAGAACAGCAACCAGACGUUCCCGCUUCCGAGGAACCCCCACAGAUAAGCCCAAACCUUCCAAAACGUCGAGGAAGAAAGAAGAAAGCAGAGCUCGAGAAGCUUCUUCCCCCACCAGUAGUACCUCUUCCCUCUUCAGAACCCCCACAAGACCCAGGAGAUCUUCUUCGGGACCCUGAAACCCGUCAAAGAAAAGCCCUGACCCGUCCCGACGAGACCGACGGUGAAGGUCUCAGUGAGUCCGACCAAGAGCCAUCUUUCCCUCCCCCUCCCCAGAGUCGUCGAGGUCGAGGUCGUCGGAAGCCAGGCCGAGGUCGUGGUCGCUCCUCCCUCCCAGUGGACCCAGAAUACACCCCCAGAGUUAUUUCCGCCACCAAAUAUACCGACACCCCAACCCCACCGUCGCCCACGCCAUCGAAACCUCAACCAGCAACUACCAAAUGUGGGAAAUGCCAGGAAGAGAUAGCUUCGACUUCGUGGGCUCGUCACAACCUCAUGAAGCACAACAACAUGGGGUGGAAAUCCACAGACCCCGAGCCAGAUUUCUCAGACCUGAAAGCCCUGACUCGUCUCUUAUUUCAGACCAAGAAGAAGAAGCCGUCGUUGACCUGCGAGAGCUGCGCAACUGUGAAGAAAUCAGUGGCAGGUUUCAUCUCCCACAUAACCUUCUGCGGAAAAACAGAAGUUGAGAAGCAGUCCCUCAUGUGGACCUGCCCGAUCUGCAGGGUGAUCCUGAUGCCGUCCUCCCAGGAGUACCACGAGAGGGUCCACAGAGACCAGGGAAUCGUUCCCAGCAAGAAGAAGAAGAAGAAGAAAGAGAUCGUUAAGGAGACCGUCGACCUGGACACUUCAAGAGUCAAGAGAAAGGCAGCAGAGAGGGCUGCGACGAGAAUCUCCGAGUUCACGGAGCUAGUGAAGGCGUCCGACGAUCCCCCUGCGAAGAAGAAGAAACUAGGUGCCAGAAUUAAGGAGUUCAUAGACCAACCCAUACCGGUGAAGACAAUUCCUUCGGUGUGGAAAGCCAUGUGGGCCAGGGCGAUAAACCACAAUGAGAAAGCCUACUGCAGGGAACCUCACUGCGACUUCUCUUCACCCACACUCCGGGGGAUCUGCGAGCACUACAGCACCUGUAAUUUCAUCCCGAGGACCAUGUUCGUCUGCAAGAUCUGUCAGUGGUCAUGUGAGAAAAACUCGGAGAUUGUGGGGCACGUGAAAGACGUGCACUCGAGUGAAGUCAACGUAGAUGAUUCUGAUUAUAAUGGCAGUGAGGGGUCUGAGGAAGAGGAGGAGGAGGAGGAGGAGGAGGAGGAUGAUGAUGAGGAGAUGGAUGAGGAAGAGAUGAUAGGCGAGGACGGGGAGACGAAGAGGAGGAGGGGCCCGGCGCCGAGGGCUCGCGCACGACCGAAGGCUAAGUUCCUGGGGAAUUAUAUUCACAUCAGGAAUUACGCCAGCACCACGACGUUUGGACCUGCCCUGAAGUGGACUGUUGAAUUCCAGACAGAGUAUUAUGGAUUGAGGCUGUUUGAGGAGCUCGAGGUGAACGGAUUUGAAAUGGUUGAUGACCCUGAGGAGUAUCUUCCCAAGUUGAAGGUGUCAAUGCCGACGAGUGUUUUAAGGCUGAAGGAUGAAGAGGUAAGGGAGGAGGACUGGAGAAGGUGGGACAGAUUCGGAGCUGAUGUUGUUGACAGUGUCCCGAUGUUCUUCACUGGAGGACCUGUCUGGGGACUCGCUUGGAUGCCAAUCCCCGCUACGAUGCACAACAAAAAGCCUGAGCAGUUUGUAGCGAUCAGUACUCACAAGGGGAUGGAAGACUAUUUCGAGGUGGGGAGGAGCUACUGCGGAAAGAAUUGCAUUCAGAUUUGGAAUCUGGGGGCGCUGGGGAACGAUUCCACGUACCCGAGCACUCCGGAGUUGUGUUAUGCGGUGGGACAUGAAGGAGGAACGAUUUGGUGUCUGGAGUGGUGUCCCUCCGGUGGGUACGAAGAGGGAGGCAAGAGAAUGGGAUUGCUCGCUGCGGCCAUGUCCUCAGGCCUCGUUCAUAUUUACUCGAUGCCGUUUCCCGAGGUGGUGGGAAGUGGGGGAAAGCUGUUCAAGACUGAUCCUGUGAUGGUUCUACAUAUUAGUGAUGAAGCAGCUACAGCGUCGCAAUGUAUGACCCUCUGUUGGUCGAAGACCUCUAACCACGACACUCUAGCCGCUGGUUUCGCCAACGGCUACGUCGCCCUCUGGAACUUGAGCACAAAAUCGCCGCUCCUCCGAACGAAGCAAUCGUCAACGAUCCACCUGCACCCGCUCAUGCACUUUUACGCUCACGGCCACGCCGUCAUGUUCGUUACUAUCGUUCCGUUGGAGGAGAAAAGGUACCUGGUGACCGCUGGGAUGGACAGAUGCUCGAAAAUGUGGGACCUGGAGGACACAAGCCUCCCCUUCUGGCUUCUGAAGAAGGGAGUCGCUGUCAACGGUACCUGGAUGACCCACUGGCCGACAAUUCUGACGUCUUACGACGACGUCCUGGGGCUGGCGCAUACUCAGACGUAUCUCGCGCCUAUCAGGGAGGCUGCAACCAGGGUCCUACCUAUUCUCCCUACGAAUUCCCCGGUUUACGCCAUCGCCAGCUCUGAUUGGGCUAAUGGGAUCUGCCAGGGGACUGGUGCUGGAGAAAUCGUUGCCAUCUUCCCUCCGCAAAUGCUUUAUCCCAAGGAGAUUGAUAAAAUCUCGAGAACCAGGUGGCUCGUCUCCAAUGUCAAGGUCGUGGAUUUUGAGAAGAAAGAGGCGGGCAAGGAGUACGAGUACAAGCCGGCAAAGUACGAGGAGUGCCAGGAGAGGUUUGGAGUGGCGUUUUGCGAUGACCUCGAUAAUACGAGAGGCGUCGCCUGGAUGUCACAACACGACAGGAAGGGGUUCUUGAGUACAGAUACCAUGCAGCAGGUGCCGAUGGAGCAGUAUCCCAUUGCAGCUAUCAACAGGAUUUCGUGGAAUUCAAACGGUUGGAGUUACCUCUGGAUUGCUGUAGGCUAUCGAAACGGUCUCAUCAGGGUUCUAAAUCUGAAAAGAAUGAACAAAAACAGUAUUACGGGCGACAUGCUCUCCAAACACGCUGCAGCCAUGAGGAAGAAGCAAGAAGAAGUCAUAAGCUCAUGAUGCCAAGCAUUCGAAGUCCGCAAUUCGACAAAUACUCGCUAGCCAGCAAUAAAUUAUUCUAACACUUUUUCAUUCUCAAAAACGGACAUCUUGUGAUAUUGACGAUUAAAUGCAUGUAAAUAAAAGGUACAAAACUAUUCUAAGACCACUAUUUAAUAC